GCUAUCUUCUCUCGCCGUCUCCUAUCAAUAUAUACAGAUAUUUAGAAUCUCUACAGAAACUUUGUGAGGAGAUGUCAGGAAGAGGAAAGGGAGGAAAAGGAUUGGGAAAGGGAGGAGCCAAGAGGCAUAGGAAGGUGCUUAGGGAUAACAUCCAAGGUAUCACCAAGCCUGCCAUUCGUCGUCUUGCUCGUCGAGGUGGUGUCAAGCGUAUUAGCGGUUUGAUCUACGAGGAGACCAGAGGAGUCCUCAAGAUCUUCCUCGAGAAUGUCAUCCGCGAUGCCGUCACCUACACCGAGCACGCGAGGAGGAAGACUGUCACAGCCAUGGAUGUGGUUUAUGCUUUGAAGAGGCAAGGACGCACUCUCUACGGUUUCGGCGGUUAAAUCGACGGAGAUGGGGAUUAGGGUUUCGGAAAGUUUGGGAAUUUUUUGUUUCUGUUGUCUGCGUUAUCAAUAUGAUUAGUAAAAGUAAAUCCAGGUUUUAGUAACUGUGCUGUUCCUCGUCGUUAGGCAUUGUUAUCGUAAUGUAGCUGAAAAAAUCUUCAAUGAAAGUUAGUUUGAACUAUA